CGCAAACAGAACACAUUUCCAACACCACUUCCUCGACAAUUCUUGUGGUUCAGAGACAACAAUCUCAAAAAUGUUGUCAGAAUUAACAGAUGACAUAGUUCUCAACAUACUAUGGAAGGUUGAAGAAGACCCUCGUGACUGGGCUCGUCUCUCUUGCGUCUCUUCCAAGCUCAAUUCUCUCAUCCAUGCUUUCUGUUGGAAGAAUAAAUCUUCUCUCACUAUCCCUUCCGAGCUUCUCUCUUCUUCUUCCUCACAAGAUCACUCUCUUCACAAACUUUCCUUCUGUUGCCCCGGUCCUCUUCACGCCGGUAUCCUCUUCAACAACACCACCGCCGAUUUCCCCGACGAACACCACCACCAACAACCCACCACCAACACCACCUCAGCAACAGUACCGAUACCAUCUUCAUCUUCUCUUCCUCCUCAACCUGAUCAACCUAAUGAAUGUUCUUCCAUUUGGUCGCUAUACGAUGAUCUUUAUCAUGACACCCUCUACGCAGAUUCUGAAUCCCAUCAACAAGAGGCUAACCAGGAAGAGAUUCGAGCCGGGGUUGUUGAUGUUCCACCUGAAUCCAAGAAACGAAAGGUUAACGGGUCUUUGAGUUCGCAUUUAGCCACAGGAAAAUGGACGCUUAGCAGAGAGCAAGGGAGUAAGCUACUUGGAAGACAGUAUCGUGAUGAUUGUUUAUACGUUUGUGAUUGGCCAGGCUGUGUUCAUUUGGAAGAGAAGAGAAAGUAUAGACUUUUCAGAGGGAUUUUUAUGAAUUUCAAGAAGACUCGUGUGUGGAAGACGGUGAAUGAUUGUAGUAACAGGAAGAAAAUUGAUUUGCCUUGUGCUUUUUGUUCUUGUAAUCAUACUUGGGAUCUUUACUCUGCUUUUUGUUUGAAGAGAGGGUUUGGGUUUCAUGAAGAUGGUGAGCCAGUUGUUAGGGCUUAUGUUUGCGAUAAUGGUCAUGUUUCUGGUGCUUGGACUGAUGUUCCUAUGUACUCUUGAUCAUUCUUUUGAUUUGCUUUUGUUUUUGUUGUUUUUGUUUUCAUGUUCUGUCUUUUGUUUAUUGAACUUCAUAAUUGUCAUUGUUUGGUUCUCUAGUAUGAGAAGAAAGAUCUCAUAGAUAUCAUAUGAGACUAGCAUUUAUUUCCAUUUGUAUCUUCUAUAAAUUGUAUUUGUACUUCUUCAUUUUAUUAUUAUCAUUAUUAUAUCAAAUUAGUGUGUGAUUUCAA